CCGUAAUGGACAGAAUAACUAACUGUUAAGAAAUUAAUGUAUCGUACGUAAAUAAAGAUCCCGUUACCGAUUACACUAGAUAGAAAUAAUGGAAACUUCAAGGAUAUUGAAAUAGAAAGUAAAAGCACGUACGAUAUCUGGUGGAGAAUAGGUUCUAAAGUUUAAUUCCUUUACAAUAACAUUUUCCACAACAAAAAUCGUCAGAAAUGUUUCAAGAUGUCUCACUACAAUUUACGUUCUCGCCUAUCAGCCACUCUACCGCCACAGUUGACGCCGCCAACAUCCCCACCUGACGAGUCGACAGUUCCGGAGCAACCACUUCACCCAUCAACUACCAUAUCAAAACAAGACACUCCAAAAUCAUCAAGCAGACGCCUUCCGCACCUGGCCACCCUCCAACAGACGGGGAACGACCGGCGAGAAACUCCCAUACCGCACAGACUUCAGACCCAAGAGGUACAAUGUUUAAGCCAAACAUAAUUAAGUUAGCAUGCUUUACAGGCAGAGACUAUGAUAGUUUACCAGCGUUUCUGGCAAAAUUUCAGAAAUUUUGUAGCAUGAAUAACAUUGAUAGGGGUGAGUACGCUAAUGUUCUUCCAUUUUACCUGUCCGACAAUGCAGAGAAUUUUUACAAUAAUCUAACCGAAGAUAUUAAAUCUAAUUAUCAAGAACUCACCAAAGCACUUGCUAAACGAUUUCAGACUAAAGAAUUAGAUUAUCAUCUAAUUGCUAUUAAACAAAGAGAAAAUGAAUCAUGUGAUGAUUAUAUCUCGAGAGCAUUAAAAAUUUCUACUGAUGUACAAGGCUUAGAAGAAAAAGUUCUCGUAAGCUUGCUUGUCAAUGGAUUAAGAGACAGUAUUAAGAAAGAUGUUAUUUUAAGACAGCCAGAAUCUCUGUCAGAACUGGCCAAAUACUGUAAACUCUGUGACAUGACCACGUCAUUUUCAGUCAAUGCUAUUGACACAAAAUUUCAAACGUUAUUGGAAGAGAUUAAAACCUUAAAAGCGGACAUCAAAAUUAAGGAAAUUAAUGCUUUACAGUCAACCCCAAUACCAAAUAUACCGGUAGAAAAUUCUUACGCUCAACAGCAUAUGUUUCCAAAUCAAAUGCCAUCUGUUCCUUACAGCCGUUAUCAACAAUUUCAACCACGACAAAACCAAAAUUAUAGGAUGUCAGUACCGUUAGACUAUCAAAGACCGCGAAUAGUCGAUAGAUCCGUAUCUAACCCACGUUUACAAGUACACAGACAAAAUGCACAAAACCAAAUUUGCCCCAAAUGCGGAUACGAUUCUUGUAGGGGGGGUAGAAACUGUUUUGCAUUCAAUAAACGAUGCAACAAUUGCCAACAAUUCAAUCACUUCCAAUCAAUGUGUUUUCGAACUAAAAAAUGAUGGAAAAGACAGAGCAGUAGGUACCAUUUUAACAACGCAAAUUAUUCAAAAUUCCAAGUAAAACACGAGCAAAUAAAUAAAAAGGGUUUAAUUAACAAAAGUACGCAUACAACUCAAAAUAAACAAAAACAAAGUAUUAAAUCUAAACGUAAAAUAUUAGCUUUAAAGGUAGUAUCCACAUUUUUUCAUAAUUCUUUACCAGGAACAAUUGCAGAUGUCCCAACAAACAUUCUUUUGGAUUCGGGCAGUAGUAUGUCUGUAAUCAGCAAAUCAUUCUUCGCCUCCACAAACAUUUCGCGAAACGAAUGCCUACCAUCUAAUCUCCAUGUCAAGACCGCCAUUUCUGAUAAUUCGUACAAUGUAGAAGGGGUCAUUAACCUCCCAAUGCUAAUUGGCAACACGCGCUUUGAGCACCCGUUUUACAUAGUACAAGGCUUAACGAAUAAUGCAAUACUAGGAGUAGACUUCUUUUCGCAAUACGAGGCAAAAUUAAAUUUUGAGACUAAUACUCUUGAAAUAAAUAAAGAUAAUAUUACAUGCAAAACCAAUUUUAUAACAAAUGAA